AUGGCGGCGAGUAUACAGUCCAUCAAGCAGGGCUGCAGGAAGGUCAUGUGCAUAGGCAGGAACUAUGCCGACCACAUCGCCGAGCUCAACAGUGCCCGCCCCAAACAACCCUUCUUCUUCCUGAAGCCCCCGUCCUCGAUCUUGCUUCCAGGCGCUGGACCAGUCCUCCGUCCCCGUGGCGUGACCAUGCACUACGAAGUCGAGCUCGGUCUCGUCAUGGGCAAGACACUGCGCGACCUGGAUCCUGAGGACACCAAGGGAGCCAUGGACGCAAUUGAAGGCUAUCUCCUGGCCAUCGACAUGACCGCCCGUAACGUCCAGGACGAAGCCAAGAAGAAGGGUCUCCCCUGGUCUAUCGCCAAAGGCUUCGACACCUUCCUACCCAUCUCAAAUUUCAUCGCCAAGUCCCGGAUUCCGAACCCGCAAAACGCUCAUCUAUGGCUUUCUGUUAACAAUGAGAUCAAGCAAUCCGACAACACCGACUUGAUGCUGUUCCGGUACCCCAGGAUGCUGAGUGACAUCAGCCGCGUGAUGACUUUGGAGAAGGGUGAUAUUGUACUGACGGGAACACCCAAGGGCGUAGGACCGGUCAGGACGGGUGAUGUAAUGAGAGCGGGACUAAAAGUCGAUGGCAAGGAUAUUGAAGAGGCGAAUCUCGAGGUACCGGUCGCUGAUCGGGAUGGUCCGUAUGAGUUUAAGGAGACGUAG